GCGGCGGAGAUGUGCUCGGCGGGGAGGCGCUGGGGCCGGCGGCAGCGAGUCCUGCUCUGGGGCGUCCUGCUGGCGGCCUGGGAGGCGGCGUGGGGGCAGCUGCGCUACUCGGUGCCCGAGGAGAUGCCCAAGGGCUCGUUCGUGGGCGACGUGGCCAAGGACCUGGGGCUGCAGCUGCCGGAGCCCCCAGACCGCGGUGUCCGAAUCAUAGACAGAGGUAGGACGCAGUAUUUCUCUCUGCACGAAAAGACGGGACAUUUAGUGACGACCGAGAGGAUCGACAGAGAGCAGCUGUGCGAGAGUGUGGAGCAAUGCGUGCUGCGCUGUGAGCUGAUAGUGGAGGGGGAAAUGAAGGUUUAUGGAAUCCAAGUGGAAAUCACGGACAUUAAUGACAAUGCACCCAGCUUCCGAGAGGCAGAAAUCGAAAUCAGAAUGAGUGAGACAACAGCUUCGGGCUCGCGUUUUCCCCUGGCUGAGGCUCAUGACCCGGAUUCGGGACAGAAUUCCCUGCAGAGCUACGAGCUGAGCGGCGACGAGCACUUCUCGCUGGCCGUGCAGACGGGCCCCGGCGGGGAUCAGCGUCCCGAGCUGGUGCUGGCGAAGGCGCUGGACCGGGAGGAGGCGGCGUUCCACGAGCUGGUGCUGAGGGCGAUGGACGGCGGCGAUCCAGCCCGGACGGGCACGGCGCGGAUCCGCGUGACGGUGGUGGACGCGAACGACAACGCACCCGUGUUCAGCCAGGCGGAGUACACGGUGCGUGUGGCGGAGGACGUGCCCGUGGGCUCCGUCCUCGUCACCGUCACGGCCACCGACGCCGAUGAGGGUCUGAAUGGGAACGUGAAAUACUCCUUAAAGAAAAUUACGGAGAAAGCCUCAAAGAUACUCCAGCUGGAUCCUGAGACGGGAGUGAUCACGCUGUUGAGAAGCCUGGACUUCGAGGACGGAGACUACUACGAACUUGAGGUGCAGGCACAUGAUGGUGGAGGGCUUUUCGACACAGCCAAAGUCACGAUCACUGUGACAGAUGUCAACGAUAAUAAACCCGAACUGAUAGUAUCGUCGGUGCUGAGUGAGAUCUCAGAGGACGCCCCGACGGGAACGGUGGUGGCCCUGCUGCACGUGCACGACCGCGACUCGGGGGCCAACGGCGAGGUGCGCUGCUCGCUCGACGGGGAUAUCCCUUUCCACCUGGAGAAGUCUCUCGAGGGCUACUACCGUGUGGUGACAGCGAGAGAGCUGGACCGGGAGCAGCAGUCGGAGUACAACGUGACGGUGCGGGCGUCCGACGGCGGGUGGCCGGCGCUGCAGAGCAGCAGGGUGCUGGCGCUGCGGGUGCUGGACGUGAACGACAACGCGCCGGUGUUCUCGCAGGAGCGCUACAGCGCGCGGCUGCGGGAGAACAACGCCACGCACUUCGUGGGCAUCGACGGCGUCCGCGCCUUCCUGCACUCCUACUCGCACGACGUGUCUCUCACGGCCGACUCGCGCAAGAGCCACCUGCGCUUCUCGGCCGCCAGCUGCUGCGACACCCUCCCGGCCCGCCCGCCGCCCGACGAGCCCGCACCGCUGCUCGGCGACGAGGAACCUGCCGGUGACCGUCCCACCGACCCCACUGCUCCCCCGAAAGAACAUAACGCCAGGUCUCCGCUGUACUGGACCCGACAUCUUUGUGGACGAUGUGCCGUCUUUUUGAGCUUCCCGUGGGCGGGGCGGGCAUCUCUCGGCAGCGCUCGGUGCCUGCAGUGCCGGGAGGAGGCUGCGGGCGCCGCUGUUGACCGAGAGGAGCGAGAGGAAGAGCCGGGGUACAGGGAGGCGGAGAGACCGACAACAACGGAGAGCGGCAAAUCGUAG